AUGUCGCAGAUGGCGCAGAUGGCGCAAACAGAGACUUUGCUCAGCGACUACAUCAACUUCAAUGACCAGAAUAUCGGCCUCAGCGGCAAUGAGCUGAUCAAUAAGGAGCUCACUUUUUGUGCUGCCGCCGCAGUCAGCCGUCUUUGUGAUGAGCAGGAAAAGGGCGUGGACAUAGAUGAGUGCCUCCAGCAAAGAGAAGAGUUCAAGUUCAUUAAGGAACUCGGCAUCAUCUCUGCAGUCUACACUACUGCUCCAAUCAGCAAGCAGAAAGAGAUCAAGUCCACGCCUCCUAUUCUCGCAUGGUCUGAUCGCCUGCAGACGGUCUUCUUGGGCAUUAGUUGCACUCGCGACAUGAAUGAUCCCAAGCUGAACUUGAGUGUUCGCGCGCAGGCGGCUGAUGCUGUUGGAUCCCGCUUUUAUCAGGGCCUUAUUGACAGGAGCGGCGAGUUUGUGCCGCUUAUUGAAUGGCUCACGCGACAAUACAAAUUGGUUGUGUGUGGCCACAGCUUUGGGGGUGCCUUAGCAACGGCUUCGUCUUACCUCGCUGUAUUUGACCACCAAUCUGUUCCCAAUGCAUGGGAGGAGAGCCAAUGCGGUAUCUCCGUCAUCACAUUCGGAUCGCCCUCAUGUCACUUUGCCGAGCCUCAAGGGACCUCGACUUCCUGGAAGAUGCACCUCAGCAGGAACUUCCACCACAUCGUCAAUCCCCACGAUUAUGUCCCGUUUGCACUCAAUGACGCUUCAAGGAGAUUUAAACAGAAUUUGAACGCCAUAAGAACACCCCUGGAAACCAUCUCACCCACAAUUAAAAUGUUUUGGCCCAUUUUCGAAAAUUGCCUUGACUUUCUACUGAACAAGAAAGGCAAGUUCUGCCACUUCGGCUGCAUGUACUCUAUUGCCACCGAGGUGCCAGGUAUUCAGAAUUGUCUCCAGAUACAGAAUGACCAAGAUUUGCCCCAAAUUCCGGGUGCAAGAGAAGUGGACGAGCACCAUAAGAUGUCACAUUACUUCCAUUGCGUCAAGGGAUCUAUUGGUGCUCGAAUACCACAUAAAACUCUUUCAGAAAGCCAUCUGGAGACAAACUCACACGGAUUUCCUUCCAUGAUACUCCCGAUGCCUGCCACUGUGACGGACUGCUCCUGUGUGGUCGAGAAUGAUCGACUCACUGUGUCAUUCAACGUCAGCACUGCUAUCAUCCAGUACCUUCUUAGAGAAGCAUUCUUUAUGAAAGACGGAAAGGAGAUUCCUCUCAAUAUCAUCGGCUGUAUCCAACACCCUGAAGAUAACUGCCAAGCUUCGGUAGUGUUGGAAUACAUAAUAGAGGACAACGAAGUUUUCGAACAUGUAGGGAAAGCCUCUGUCGCUCUUCAACAAGGUGUCACGCUCCGUGAUAUAUUUGGUCGAUCGAUACUGGUCAAAGUUGGUAGUGUGAAACAUCUGGGUCUUGAUAAAGCUAGUCAACCAGAAAUACUGGAGAGUAUCCGACUUGCGAUGGUGCGUGCACUGGUGGCUCAGACAUCCAAAGUGCAAAGUAUCAGGACACAAGACGCCUCUAUCAAUGCCGAUACACCCAAAGCUGUUACAGAGUUGGAUGAGAAGGUCAGACUCGUGGUUGAUCGUAUUGACAGCCUGGUCAGCGAUGCCAGCCCGCAUCUUUUCAUCAAACAGAUGGGACAUGCCUUUGCAAUUCUCAAGGCUCUCUGGCCCAGAGACUUCGAAACUGAUCAAGACUACAUGGUUUCUGUACCUGGGCAAUGGGAGAUAGGCGAAUCCGACACGGGCCUUCUUCGUGAUGUUCCUGUCGACUGUCCGCGUGUGCUUAGGGAGCUCAUCACAAACAUGUUCGAGAAUCAAAAAGGCUCCACGAUCACUCAAGCUAGAGCCUCACUCAAGGCAUGGACGAAAGAAAAGCGGCCGACGUUGACACAGCAAUUUGAGAAUGUGCCCACCCUUGCCAACGCACUCAAGACGUUCAGUCACGAUCUCUAUCAUCGGUCGACAGACUCUUCCAAGCGCACGGAACAGGCAACAUCUCAGUUUCAAAAUGUUAUGGGAGUUGUUCAACUGUGCCAUCUGAUCAUAAUCACCCAGCUUGAUGCGCCAUACGAGUGGUACUGCAGAUCGACUGAAGGGCGUAAAAAGACUUCGGCGGCGUUAGGCAUUCUGCCGAGCUAUAUCUCAUGGACGUCUGCCCCAGCUUUGUUGGAGACUGUUGGAUUGAGCGCCUUGUCGGUCUCUAGCUUGGCUAUGGCCGGGGGUCUGGGCGCCAUGUACUACAGCUAUCGUAUUUUCAACCACUUCCUCCAUCUGCACAGCGAGUAUCUCGACUUGUCAUUCCCAGGAGUGCUGGCUGCCACUCUCAAAGCUCUUGGGCUUCCCCCAGCCAAACCAGGUGAAAUGGUUGAGAAGACACUGCUGAACCAUCUGAAGGAAGAUGCACAGUCCCCACGCACGCCAGAGACUUUGGAAAAAUGGAGAGUCGAGCUCGAGAAGGGUCUCGAAAAUUACCCUGGCGCCAAGGACAAUCAGUGGUCUAUUAUACCUGAUUACUUUUGGGCGAAAUGGCUCUUUACAGUUACUGAGGUGGCCCAGCUUCGGAUUCAGCUCUUGGACAAGAUCUGCAUCGGGGUGCAAGGCUCUACGGAGGCUGGCAAGAGUCAGAUGCUAACAGUUCUCACGGGAGCGUCCAAGAAUCACUUCAAACCAGGAUCCAGCAGUUUGUGUAGAACCUUGGGAAUCCAAUCCUACAAUUCCAGCGAGCUGGGCGCGAUAUUCCUUGACAGCCCUGGCUUUGAUGACCAGAUACCACAGAUUAAGUAUAUGGCCGACGUUUUUCAAGAGUUGUUUGCCAUUGUCAUUAUUGUUAUUCCUAUGGAGCGAACACGAUCCGAGGCAACUGAGAGUGCCUUACGAAUAGCCGUCAAAUCACUCCUCAAUCGCGAUGACAAACGUCCUUUGCGGAUUCUUUUGAGUCAGGCGGAUGGUCUAGACUUCCAUCGAAACAACAAGGAAGUGUUCAGAGCCACCCUUAGUGAUGUCAAAGAUCAAUUCAUGUCGAAGCUGAGGAAGGAAGUAGGCGAGAACUUCACUUCUUUUAGACAGCAGAGGUUUGGUGAUGGUAUAGUCUGUGUCCCAGAGACUCUUGAAGAUAUUGUGAAGCCAUUUUCGACUCACGCCCAGAUGGAUUUGGAUGGCAUCAGGGCGCUUUCGGAUUGUGGUUCAAAGUAUUCCUGCAAGAUUGAGAGGGCAAGCCAUUUUGAGAACUUGUGUGAAUUGGCUGAUGCUGGAGAGAUAUGGGACAUUGAGUCACUACGCUCAUGGCUUCGAGAGCUUUCGCCUAACAGUGUUCCAACGUCUAGCGGACGGGUGCAUGAAUACUGCGAUUAA